AUGGAAAGGAUCCGCGAUGUUCAACACCUUGACCAUGUUCCACGCCCGUGUGAGCAUUUUGACUUGAUAGGGGGUACGAAUACUGGAGGAGUCAUCGCUAUUAUGCUCGGUCGGCUGGGAAUGACCGUGGAUGAAUGCAUCCGAGCGUACAGAACAGUUGCGAAGCGUGUUUUUAUUCCCAAACGAAACGCUAUUAUCCCCGCACGAUCCAAUGGGGCUUUAUCUGCCCAAAUAUUUAAAGAGGCCAUUAAAGAGAUGGUCAGAGAGUUCUGCACGGACGGAGAAUGUGUGAAUCAUCGGCGCAAUGGCCACUCUACACCGUGCGAACAUUCUGAUCUCCUCUUCCGCGAGCAGGAGUGCACAAAAACAGUUGUUCUUGCUCUCACAAAGGACAAUAUCGACGCUGGACCUACGCUCUUCCGGACAUACGACAAAUCAACUUCGUUGAAGGAUUGUACUAUCUGGGAAGUGGCCCGGGCUACCUCGGCUGCGCCCACCUUUUUCAAGCCAAUCAAACUUGGUAGAGAAGGGAUCGAGUACAUUGAUGCUGGGUUUGGGUAUAACAACCCAUGCGACAAGCUUAUUGCCGAAGCUAGGAACGCGUUCCCUGGACGUAGCGACCUGCAGAUUCUCAGUGUUGGAACCGGUCUUAGGAGCGUGGUGGAGAUGAACAAUACGCGCCCAUCAAUUAUCGAGGCACUACAGAAGAUGGCUACGUCCUCCAAUGAGGUAGCUGCGAUCUUGGAAGAUGAAUAUGGCGAUAGCGGUCAGUAUUUUCGAUUCAAUGUGGAACGUGGUCUAGAGAAUAUCACUUCGUCGGAUUGGGAUCAGGAUCCGGAUCUGGACAGCACGAUCUCUGCACACACAAACAAUUAUCUCUCGCAGAAGUCAAGGGCAAUCGACAAAUUUGUGAAGAUAUUUACCGCAGGGAGUGAGCAGAACCAGCCAAAGGUCCAUCAAAUAAUUCCAUUUAUCGCAAAUCCUGGCUUUACUGGACGUGAGGCCGUACUAGCUAAGCUUCAACAAAAGCUCUUUCUUCAAAAGACCACCCGCAAAAUGGCCCUAUAUGGGUUGGGGGGUAUCGGAAAAACUCAAGUUGCUUUGCAGUUUGCCUACUGGGUAAAGAAUAACCUGCCACAGUAUUCGAUAUUUUGGGUCCCAGCGUUCAGUGAAGCUAGCUUCAAGCAGGCCUGUACGGGUAUUGUAAGGGACCUUGGCAUCCAAAGAUUUAGGGAGGACGAAGACGACACGGAGCUAGUUCGUCGGUAUCUUAGCUCGAGUGAAGCUGGACCGUGGCUAUACGUCGUCGACAGUGCAGACGAUUUCGACUUAGUUUUCGGAAGCGACAGUGUACCAGGUCAGCUGUGCAAACACUUUCCGGCCAGCGACACCGGUACUCUCUUGCUUACUACCUGUUUCAGUCGAGUGGCGCAAGGCUUCACAGCACAGAGAGAUACAGUCGAGAUCUCGCAGAUGGAAGUGGGCGAAGCGAGUACUCUUUUUGAGAAGCUUGUGUCAAAAGAUCUGAUCCACGACCGAAAGAUAACGGAAAGGCUACUGGAAGAGCUCAGAUGGCUGCCUUUGGCUAUCAAACAGGCAGCCUCCUACAUUGGUUUCACCAAUAUGCCGAUUUCACGUUACCUUGAUCUCCUACAUGGGACAGACAAAGACAAAGAAACCCUCGCAAAUUGGCACUUUCCAGAUGAUACUCGGUACCCACAAUUACCAAAUGCUAUUGCUGAGACAUGGCGUACAUCACUUGAAAGGAUCAAAAGCUCAGAUCCUAUCGCCGCUGAUAUACUGCAGUUCAUGUGUUACAUUGGACCGAAAGCAAUUCCACGGUCUCUCCUGCCCUCGUACGAAUCCGAAGCGCAAACAGAAUCUGCGAUUAGUACGCUAUGUGGAUAUGCAUUCGUGACCAAAAGAAAUGAUGGAACCACGCUUGACCUUAACCCUCUAGUUCAGCUAGCAACGCUACUGUGGGUUGAUCAAAAAGGCGAAGCAUUCCAGACAAUCAAGAGAGUCAUGCAGCGUAUGGUGGUGGCAUUAGCACCUGAGGGCCAGAUCAACGAACAGAUGAGGAAGACGUACGUAUUACAUGCCCUUGAGCUUCUUCGAAAGACAGAGGGACAAUAUAUGGAUGAGAGGUAUGAGCUCAUCUCAAAGAGUGCAUCCUGUCUCACAGGUCAUAGCAAUGAGAGAAAGGCGGUGGAAUUAUUCGAAAAGAAAUCCAAAUGGGGCCAACUUCGCUAUAUUGAAUAA